AUUGCCGCCCACAUCCUGACGACAGCCAAAAACUUUGAUGGAAAGACAGUGGAGUGAUUGCCUUGUGUUGUCUUUGUUGUUGGUGUUGACCGGACUAUCUAGUACUGAUCUCUGCCUGCCUGCUUACAUAAAGCGAGCGCCCUUUGUUCCCUAGUCGAGCGGAUAGCUAGAGUUGUCAUUGUGAAGUGACGGCGCCAGAAGAGUGAGUAGUUGUUUUGUUUGUAGACAGACGGAAGAAUCUUUGUCACCAUGGCCGGCGGUGGCAAGCGAUCGCCGAGAAGGAACCGCCGUGAUGGCCCCAAGCGUGAGUUGUUUGCCGGGGUGGCAGACGCCGUGGGUGACACGUCUCCCAUUCUAGAUCCCAAUCGUGACAAUGACGAAGCCGUGGAUUGUACCAGUCCAUCACCGCCACCCAAACGCAAGAAGAACCGCAAGGACGACUUGGACGAUUACCAAGACGAUCUCAACUACAAUUUCGCAAGCGACGGCCAAGAAAUGUUCGCAUCGGUGGACGAUGACAACCAUGUGGUGGAACACGCGAGUGGAGCCAUGACGGGAGGAUACGAACCACCAGUAGUCAGCACAUUCAAACUCACUCGCUAUCGAGCCACCAAGUCGUCUGGCAGCAGCAAGAGCGACAACAGUAACAAUACGACACGGAGCACUCGCAGUGGCGUGGCUGGAUCGACGACCAAAAAGGACGAAACCAAGAGCAGCAACGGUAAAAAGAAUCAACGCAGUCGCUCUGUACUAGAAGAGAAACUGGACGAGUUGAUCGAACAAGCCGAAUAUGAAUUGACCAUUGAUCCGUACCGAGGAAUGAUAUUUGAUGCCACCAAUGAUGAUGAUGCCAAGGUCAAGAAUCCGUGGAAGGCUUGUCUGGAAAAGGAACAAGCCAAUUCCAAACGAUUCCAAGAUCGAAUGGAGCACAUUCUCAAUCGCAACAAGGGAGAACCCGCCGACCAAGCCGACGCCUGGGUAGAAGAGACGCUCCGUUGCAAUUGUCCGUCUGCAUUGGCAUGGACCGAAGAAGGCAUCAAAAAAGAUCGACAAGCUGCCAAACGCAAGACGAGCAAGAAACGAAAAGCAAACAGCGACGAAGAACAGCUACAACCACCUCCAUUGGCACAGCGACCCAUGGGCGUGACGGUUCCCUGCGACUACAAUCCCUACUGUACCUGCAGUAUGGGGGGCGUCUUCAAUACAAUCUGGCAAGAAAAGGCGGAGCAAAUCUUGCAAGAGAAGCUGCAACAACGAAAGAACGCGGAGGAACUGUGGCAAGCGCAAAAAGAUCAAGAGAACAAGGACAAGAAUGCGCCAAAGCCCAGAAUUCUGGGCAUGCCACAGCCAGCCAAAAAGCCAAGACCCCCUACAGCUACUAGACCCGCCAACGGAGAAGUGGUCGAGGUGCAGGACUCGGAUGACGAUUCUAUGGAUGUGGAGAGUGCUGCUGUGGACGCCAAAAAGGUGGCGAAUGACGACGCGAAACCAGCUGCAAUUGAUGAUGACCCUGCCGUUGACGUUGACACCAACGUCGAAUAUGGACCAGAAGCUACCAAGUUGCUGCAAGCAUUGCGACCCUCCAUUACAGUACAAACAGAAACCAUUCAAGAGUAUCUUGUCUUUUUGCUCAGCAGCCUACCUCACACAGACCAAAAGACUCAUGAGUUGUCCGUUGAUGGAUUGCUCAAGAUUUACAAUGACUGGCAACAAAGCUUGAUAUUCCAGAACCCUGUCGAUCAAGAAGAGCCCAGAAUGAAAGACGACGACGACACGACAAGCCUCGGUGGAACCAUCAAAAUUGCCCAACCCGUUGGUUUGUCCAAUCUCGGGGCCACAUGCUACUUGAACUCACAGCUACAAUGUCUGGCGCAGAACCAGGCAUUCUUGGCCGGAUUGUUCUCGUGGCGAUCACAAGAGGACAAGGGCGACAACCACGCUGGGGUAAUGAACGCUGUAUUGACCAACCUGCAGUCGUUGCUGGCCCAGAUGGUGGAAGGAUCUAAAAAAACCGUAACAACAAUCGACUUUUCGACAGCAUUGGGUCUCGAGCACGAUGAACAACAGGACCCCAACGAAUUUGCCAGACUUUUGUUCGAGCGAAUGCACGAAUCCUUUCAACAGCAACCGUCUUUGGCGACGCUGUUGCCAUCGCUCUUUGAAGGCGUCACCACCUACGAGACGACGUGUCUGACAUGCAAACGAGUAUCGAUACGGAAAGAAAAGUUUAUGGAUUUGACUCUGGCGAUUGUCGACUACGAAAAGAAACCAAAAGGCCUUAUUGGCAGAACCACAAAGACAAUAAUGGAUUUCUUUGGCUAUUCGAAUUGCUCUGCGGAUACAGACCUGGAAUAUUGCUUGAAGAACUAUUUAUCUACCGAAGAGUUCACGGGGGACAACCAAUACUUUUGCGGGACGUGUGGAUGCAAACGAGAUGCUACACGCGAAACCAAGUUGGGGGAAUUGCCACCUGUUCUCAACUUUCAGUUGUCUCGCUAUGUCUUUGAUAUGAAGACUUUGACCAAGAAAAAGUUGACAAAGGAGGUGCUCUUGCCACGAAAGCUACGGGUGCCAGUGAAAGUCUCGGACGCUGUCGGUGAAAGGAUCGACAAUAAGGAAUAUGUCUUGUGUGCCGUAAUGAAACACCAUGGAAACUCGGCCUACCGAGGUCAUUACGUAGCGGAAGUACAAGACUUCCUCAGUGGUCAAUGGUAUGAAUUCAAUGACGAAGAGGUAAAGUUGCUCGAGAAGGGACCAACCUGCAGCUACGAUCCGUCAGAUCUUCCGGAAGACACAGACGACGAUGAUGGACCCAGCAAAAGACCAAAGGGACCCAAGUUGACCGGAAGUUCAGAUGCGUACAACAUGUACUACGUUGAGGCUUCAUAUCUGGCCAAGACUGCGGUUCAAAGGUUUCAAGAGCUCGAAUCUCAGCAACACCGACUGAUUCAGAUCACAAAGGAGGAAAUGACACCCGCUCCCGGUGAUUUCAUCCAGUCCGUUGCUGCGGGACGUAACGACCACUACGGAGAGCUUUUUGAUAUGUGCAUGAAAGAGCAGAAAGCGUUUCGUCGUCUCCAGAAGCGCAAGAAUAACCUGAAGAAGGAGUUGUUUUUACUGCCGGCGAAGCCUAGCGAGAAGGCGCCUCCGGUGUGGGUAAGUGCGGAACUCUUUCAAAGAUUUGUUUCUGGCACCGACCGGUUGGAAGACAUUUUUGGGAUGCCUGCUGGAGAGUCACUGCUCCGCCACAAACAUCUUCUCUGCAACCAUGACAAUCCCGGCUUAGACCCACGGAUCGCACGGAAAGGCAAGCUUCUUCCUCGGUACAUGUACGACAGCUACAUUCGACUUCUUGAAAAGGAACAUCGACAUUACUUGAUAGAUGUGAGGGACGAAGAGUAUGAUGCGGAAAGCCCUAAAGCAACGAAUCUUGUUGAAGUGAACGACUGUGUGAUCACCCCCACAACAAACAUGCAGUGCGAAGAAUGUUCCAAGUCCUACCAGGAGCGUCUGCGAGAGCAGCUUGACCGUGUGCAAAUUUUGAAACGAGUCUAUGAGCAGAUCAAGGAUACAGAUGAAGACGUUGCAAUCCGCGACAUAUGGGAGGAUGAUGACUCCUCCGAUGAUGAAGAGUCAUCUGAAUUUGCGUUCGUCGUCAUGAAGACGAAUAUGACCAAAUUGCGCAAAUCUAUCGAAUCCGGUCUCUUCAAGGCCCUCGCGAAUCAAACGGCAACCACUUCGAAGUCACCUCGAUCGAAUACUUUGACUAUUGACGUCGACAGUGACAAAAGGAGCGACGAAGCAUCAAACCAUGCUUCGACUGCCUCUUCGCUAUCGGAGGGUCUUUAUGCUCUCGACCUUUCCGUGUUCAGCCCAGAUUCAUUAACCAUCACUUCCGGUUUGGAUUCUCGCAUCAACGAAGAGAUCACGUGCUCGCAUGGAAACACCAUGCUCGCUGCCGCCGGCAGCAAGGGAAAGGUGAGGUGGGUGAGGCCUGCUUUGUGGGAUGAUAUCUUGAAAAUCUUGCCCGAUGCCAUUGAACACAAAAUUAUCCUUAAUGGGAAGGACGCAGGGGAAGAUGCCAGAAAAGGCUGUAGCCUUUGUAAGCGGGAGAAACGCGACAAAGACAAAUUCGACCAGGGACUGCGGCAGUGGUUCGAUGAUGGGAAACGGAGAGGCGAUGCGGAGCUCGGAGACCUCUUCAGAGAUGCCAGGACGGAUGCAACGCUGAAUAAGUUUGGGGGUCUUAUCACGAACGAAAUCACGCUGGCAGAUAUUCAGGGGGAAGAGUACGUGCCCGUAUCAGUUCAAGACAUCUCCCUGUGGCGCCAGUUGAUGCAGCAAGUCGAAAGGGGCAGGCAGAAGAAGCUUGAUGCUAAGAAAAUCCAAAGCAAAUUGGAGGAACUGCUUGUCGAGCGAGUACCACAUUGGCCCAGAUUUCAAACGGCACCAUUAGAGGGUGGUUUUUUGAGCCGACUCAAGUGCAUCCGGCAUAGCUCCACCUUGCCGAUCUUCGAAGCUGUAAGUUCAGAGCCUGGCGGUUCACCGUUAGAUCAGGUCGAAGAUACCGAUGACACCUGGCAACUGAAAGGGAUCAAAUUGAUGGAGAAGACCCAGUACGAAAAUUUCAAGGAAUCCAUCGCGAACCUCUGCAAGGUUUUGGCGUCAACGACCGACAAUGGCGAGGCACCAACCCACAAGGCCGGGACGAUUGAUCUGUGCGAUGAUGAUGACGACCAGCCUCCCACUGUAAGAGUGGUGGCAGCCGAUGACAAACCGUCCAAGGAUAAGGAUGGUCAAGACGAAGGCACAGUCAUUAAGAUUUCGGUGGCCAGCGCACUCGUUUCUCUGCUAGUGUCACCACGUCUCUGCUUGGAAGAGGGGUGCUGUCAAGAAUUCCAACCCGUCGAUUUCCCCGCCACACCUCAAAAAACUCCAGAGCCGGACACAAUUGUCAUUUCUGAAGAUGAGAAGGACGAGAAGGGUAGUUCGACUUUCAGCUGUCAAGUUUUCGAAGUGAAAGCGGAUCAUGCCAUCGAUGAUGCUGUGUCUGACUUGUUGGAAGCACAGGUUUGGCCUGGCAUGGACAAUGCACCUGUUGAGGAUAGUUUUGCACCGCGCCGGUCAACAAGAAAUCGGCGAAGCAAGUUCCCUUUCAAGUCCAUUCUUCAGAAAGAUGUCAUUGACGUGGGUUGGCAUCACAAUUUGGCAGCGGUGCGAACUUUUCUCAUGCAGGUGAUCGACAAUUUCCCUCUCGAUCAGAAGUUGGUUUUGGUCGUUGCACAGGAGAGAUUUGAGAAUAACGGAGAACGACAACGUCCGCGUCCUCUGCCAGAACUUCUGUUCGAUAAGAAUGAUCAAGUGCUGCAGGACGUUUAUGAGAAGUGGGCAGAAGGCGCGAGCGCCGAUAAAAUCGUCGAGCCCAACAAGUGUCUGGUACUCCUUCGACAAGACGAUCCCAGUUCAAGCAUCCCGCAAGCGACUCUAAUGGAUGCUUGCCUGGAGAUGUCCAACGCAAUGUCUGAAGAGAAAGAAGAAGAGAAUGGCGGCAAAAAGGGAAAAGGGAAAGCAGCCGAGAGAGGUUUUCGUGGCACCCUGCUGUCCUCGUUUCGCAGCUCCGCCACAACGGUUACUACGACAACCGAAGAAUCGACCGCCUGUACCGGUACCUUGACGACAGCCACCACAACUGUGGACAAGGAUGGGGUUGCGGACGAGGGGGAAACUGGCGCGGACGAGGAGGAAGCUAGAAAAGGCGAUGUGCCGGUAGUGGAAGAACCCGUCGUUGAAAAGGUGCCAGCCGACAUCAAGGAAUCCAAUAAAAUCUCAGAUGACGAUUCUUCUUCUGAGAAGAAAUUGGAAACUGAGCCGAAGAAGCCCAGAACUGCCGGCAAAGGUCGAAAUGAUACCGAGGACAAAGAAAGAAGUCCGAGACGCAGCCGGAACGCGAAAAGCGGGAGGUCGGUACUGGAAACAGUUGGUGGAAAGGAGGAAAAGGUGAACAAAGUGGCUGAUCGACUAAAAGAAAUUGCACCGUCGGCCGCUCGGGCGUUCGCUGCCGCUGAAGCGGCUUUCAAUCAACAUCCGGAUGCCACAGUGGAUUUUGCUGUCAACGUUGCUUCAAAUCUUGUGUGGACACUGGAUGAUUAGGAGGAGACGGAGCGAGGGCGCUAGGAUGGUAACACUUAUAAUAGACUAGCUAGAAUAAAACCACACCAGUUCCUCAUCAAACCCGCCUUUCCCGAAGUUCGCUUGGUACAUGUACGUAGAAAUCUCGAAUCAAACCGCGCCUGCGCAGAGUAUCAUGGACUGCGGUGUGUUCGCUCGUAUGGCACACAGCAGUAGACCUAGAGAUGCGCCUCCUUCCAUCCAGGGAGACGGAUUGAUAAGAAAGCGGAUGACACCUCCUUUGCCUGAUCCUCCAGGAUCUUCUUGUCUUCGUCUGAGCCGACCAAGGAACCAUCGGGGGCUGUGAUUGUUCUACCGGUACUUUCGCCAGUCUUCCUCAGCAAGCUAUGCAGUCGAUGGAUCACGCAGAGCACGAAGUAGAUUGUCCUUUGCUCUGAUUGGAUCAGCAGAACAGCAUGUCGUUUGUUUGGAUCAGCUAGAGGAGCGUUCAAGGCAUCGACGAGCUCCUUUCCCUUCAAAUGGUAGGCAGAACGGAGUUCUUGCAUGCGAUUUUCAAAGGAUACCAAUGCCUUCAAAUAGCGGUCAACAGCCUGCUCUUCCUGCUUUUUCAUGUCUUCGAUUUCAGCUUGUUCGUCCUCGUCUUCUUCCCCGUCGCCCGAGGAUGCCAUCAAGUCCAUGUCCCACCGUUCAAACUCUUUCUCGUUCGCGUCAAAAUCGUCCUCUCCCCCCUCCUCUUUUUCACGAGCCACAGUAGGGGCUUCGAUAAAGCUAUCGAGAGCAU